AUGUCAAUGCGUAUUUUGGCUCCUCGGCCUAACCCUCUAGCCGCGUCCGUCGUGUCAAAGUCACAACCAGCGUUGACGCACACCGACUCGGAGUGGGCGGCUUCAUACCAUAUUAUCGAGCGGCUCUAUGUCAACGAACGUCGGAAGUUGCGAUAUGUUAUGCAGUAUAUGGAAAAUGAGCAUGGAUUUAAGGCAACGGAGCAGAUGUACAAAAAACGAUUCGCCAAGUGGGGCUUCCAGAAGAACGCUAAACGAUCCGCUACAGCUAAGCGCCUUCUGAUAACAGCGGGAGAAGGCAAGAGCAUGACAAGCAGCAAGGCCAGCACGUCCGGAGAACUAGGCUCCCUGAAAGCUUUUCCUAGAAUCAGCUCCCGCGAUAGUCAGGUGCUCUUGUUUUUCACCAGUGCGCAGACGUGGAGCAUAGCAUUUUAUGAAUCGUUGCACUGCCAGAACGGGGGGCUGGUGUCGCAACAGCAGCAGCUUUCGGCAAGUCAGCGGCAACCUUCGGAUACCAAAGAGGUGGGCUUCGCAUUUAGGCUGGUCGUUGAGCUACUAGGCCGAGGCCGCGGGAAAUUGGCGGGAAAGAUGGCCCGGAAAGCAUUCCUGCUGCUUGAGGAUAUGCUGACCCUUGAGGGGCCCGCGCUAGUAUGGAACCUGCUUGAGAUCAUGCACCACAUGGUUAUGCUGCGGCAUGCGCAGCUUUUCCAUAUAUUACUCGCCCAUCUCAUUGCACUGGCUGACAACCGGGUUGCUGAGACCCACCCGCUCCCUUCUAUGCUACGCAGUUUGCGGGGACUUGUUGCAACGGGUUCUCUCUUCGACCCUUCGCUUCACGAUAGCGACCUUACAUCCCUUUUACAACGGGCGUGGAUCCUUAAUGCCGAGAUUCUCUUCGACCAUUUUGACACUCGUCUAUUCCACCUCUACGACCACGUGCUCUGGGAUUCGUGCUCGAUCAACAUUCCUGCACAUAUCGUCCUACGUCAAAUUGAAGCACAGCAUGUAUCCAGCUCCAAAAUUGUGGCACAACAAUCCGAGCGGCUUGCUGCGAGUACCUCGGUUCGGGAUGGCAAAAGAUUUCAGCGCUUCUCUCCACCGCGAAUUGAUGUCUCGCUACCACUAGACUUCGAGAUUCUCCGCGAGAACAGUCUUGCUGCGCUCCGAAAGCGUGGAAAUUCCAUUAUUACAAAGCUUCCUAGCUUCACCGGCGAUACCACCAUCUUGAUUAACAUGUUGGCGGGACUGGCAAAAGCCAAAGUUCUUGAAGAAUCGCCUAUCGCUGCUGAAUCACGCCUUCAUGCGGGGAACGUCGCUUGUGUGAUCAGGGCCUUGGUCGACUUCAAUACCGAGCGCGGGGAUAACGAAUCGGGAGAACCCCUGGAAGCUAUCGAGCAGCUUCGUACUAUCGGGGUACUCCGUGAACAUGCCCAGGGCGAAACACAUCCGCAAGUUGUGCAGGACAUGUGGUUCCUGCGGGACACCCUCUUGGCAGCUGGGAAGGAUGGAGAGGCACAAGAAGUGGAACAAGACGUAUAUCGUCGAGUGGAGAAAUACACUCGUGAUAUUUCCCAUUGA